GCAAGCGAACUCCUGGGCCUUUUUGUUAUAUUCGUUCCCCUUAUAACGCACGUGUCAGCACAGCUGGCAACUCUCCUGCAGCACCUCCGCUGGCGAGGAAGAGUGGGUCGGCGCUGAACGACGUCCCCCUCAUCCCAGACCCCACAACAACUAUUGCUCUCCUGGGACGCGGCGCGCUUCCUCUACCUGCAAGCGUCGCAUCUCUGCAGCACCCCUUCCCCCCUUUUUCAGCAUGCUGGCCACCCACCAAAUUACGUGGAGAUGAUUCGGUAUCAUGGAACUCCAGAUUCUUCUGUGGUCUUGCUGCUCCUACUGCUGUUUUUCUCCCCAUUCGGGCCACUCAAAGGCUGCAAUUUUACUUAUUCACCCAUCUCUACUUAUAACUUUUCCCAGGAUAUAAAACCACUGAAAGAAUAUUUGCUCCUGGACUACAAAGUAUUGAUGCCGUUAAAUCUGAAACAGGACACAUUCUGCAGUUUAUUAUGGGACCUUCAUUUCAUCAAUGAAAACUUAAAGAAAUUAAUCAACGUGUCUGGGGAAAAACUGAAAACGUUAUUCAAGAAGAUAUAUGAUCACACAAAAUUUGUUGAAGAUUGUAAUAUUAAAAUAGGUGAUAGUUCUACCAGUUUUGAAUUGAAAAAUAUCUCUCAAUUUGUAGAUGCCAUUCCUUCCUGCCUUCAGUCUCUAUCAAAGAAGAUAGAAAGGAUUACAGAAGAAAAGCAUGCUGAUUUUAGGAACUGCACCAAUAUUCAGAGCCAAAUAGGUCAGUCUCUCUCUGUACUUCAGAAUCUUCUGUUACCCAUCAACACUUCUGAUUGGAAGCUAGAGAGGAAGAAGCCAAUCUUCCACAAAAGGACUUACUGGUGGUUACUUCUUUCAGCUAUCUUGGUCUGUCUUCUCAUCAGUUUAUGGAAAAAAUGCCAGGGGUCCUCUUCAAGAGCAAUUUAAAAUUACCACGUCCCUGUGGUAUGGGAUCUACAUCACUCAGCAUCUUAGAGCCUGUUCUAUCCCACUCCUAGCCUUUAUCUUGAAGGACUAAGCUGGCACAACCUGUGAGAGGGGCUGCUGUCAAAAAAAGACCUGCUAAGGAGCCAUGAGCCUCAGCUGUGGCUCCCACCCCGCGGUAGACGCUGCAUCUUUCUUUUUAUACUUAAUCCUCAACUUAUGACUGCAAUUGGAACCAGAAUUUGUGAUGCUAAGAAAGGUGGAUGUUAAGUCAAUUGUGUCUGAUUUUACAUUCUUUUUUUUUUUUUUUUUUGCCAAGGCUGUUAAGCACAUUACUGCAGUUCUUAAGUGAGUCGUGCAGUUGUGAAGUAAAUCCGGCUUCCUCCAUUAACUUGCAUGUCAAAAGCCAGCUGGGAAGGUUACCGAUGGUGACCCCAUGUUGCAACCGUCCUAUACACAAGCUUGUAACCGAGCACCUAAAUUUUGAUCACGUGACCAUGGGGAUGCUGAGAUGGCCAUAAGUGCAAGAAUUGGUUGUAAGCCACGUUUUUCAGUGCCAUUGUAACUUUGAAUGGUUGUUAAACGAAUGGUUGUAACUCGUGCUUAUAUGGUAUGUGCUUAUGUGAAAAGGGAGAGAGAGAGAGAGAGAGUUAAUAUAUGUUUUUUUAAUUUUGUAUAAAUAAAAGCAAAUGUUUAGUUACCACAUGAAUGUUCCACAAAGAGGAACUUUCCAGUGCAUUUUUGUUUAAUGUGACCAGCUAACCUGUAUUGGUCUCUUACUGGAAUCAAGCAAUAGACAGCCUGUCCUAGAAUCAUCUGUGGAGAGCAAAGUCUGAGACAGUGUUUCUCACCUUCAUCAACUUUAACAGGUGUGGACUUCAGCUCCCAGAAUUCCUCAGCUAGCAUGGAAUUCUGGGAGUUGAAGGCCAUACAUCUUAAAUGUAGCUGUGGUUCUGACAUAACAUCUUUAUUCAUUCCCUGAAUCUGUUGUGGCCUGUCGGCUUCCAGCCCCUCCAGCAGCCAAAUCAGAUGAGGAAGAGGAGGCAGGGUCAGCAUCAAGGCAACCUUAGAGCUCCGAGGGGAAGAGGGGAUGGAGUUGGCAGAGAGAGAGAGAGACAGAGGUGGAGUCCAUCAGCCCUCAGCUG